AUGGCCUGUGCCUUGCUCUUCAGGCUUUCCCUGCUUCUGGCUCUGGCUGCUCCCUCCCCCGGCAACCGCCUUGGCCCCAAGUCCCGCUUGCGUUAUUCCAGGUUCCUGGGUCCUUCCAAUGUCAUUUUCCUGCGCUGGGACUUUGACCUUGAGGCCGAGAUCAUCACUUUUGAGCUCCAGAUCCAGACAGCUGGUUGGGUGGGCCUAGGUGUCACGAAUCGCUACACCUUCGUGGGCAGCGACCUGGUGGUUGGAGGAGUCUUGCCUGAUGGCAAUGUCUAUUUCUCGGAUCAGCACCUGGUGGAUGAAGACACCCUGGAGGAAGACGGGAGCCAGGAUGCUGAGCUGCAGGGACUAACAGAAGAUGGACUCUAUACCACCAUGCGCUUCUCCAGGCCCUUCCGCUCCUGUGACCCUCAUGACCAAGACAUUAUGGGUGACACCGUAAGGGUACUGGCUGCCUAUGGUCUGAACGACACUGUGAAACUGGAUCGGGAGCGCACUUUUGUCAAGUCCAUCUUCCUGCUACAAAUAUUCCACCCUGAUGACCUGGACGUCCCCAAGGACACCAUCAUUCAUGACUUGGAGAUCAUUGAUUUCCUCAUUCCGGAAGAUGACACCACGUAUGCCUGCACCUUUCUUCCUCUCCCAAUUGUCAGCGAGAAGCAUCACAUCUACAAGUUUGAGCCCAAGCUAGCACCCCACAAUGAGACAAUGGUGCAUCACAUCCUGCUGUAUGCCUGUGGCAAUGCCAGCGAGCUCCCCACCGGCAUCAGCGACUGCUAUGGGGCAGAUCCUGCCUUUUCCCUCUGCUCGCAAGUCAUCGCCGGCUGGGCUGUUGGAGGCACCAGUUACCAGUUUCCAGAUGAUGUGGGCAUCUCUAUUGGGACCCCCUUGGACCCUCAGUGGAUCCGGCUGGAGAUUCACUACAGCAAUUUUCGCAACCUUCCUGGUUUGUACGACUCCUCGGGGAUCCGCGUGUACUACACCUCUCAGUUGCGCAAAUACGACAUGGGGGUCCUCCAGCUGGGCUUCUUCACCUUCCCCAUCCACUUCAUACCCCCGGGAGCCAAGUCAUUCAUGUCCUAUGGGCUGUGCAAAACGGAGAAGUUUGAAGAGAUCAAUGGGGCCCCGGUGCCUGACAUACAGGUGUAUGGCUACCUGCUUCACACCCACUUGGCUGGGCGGGCUCUGCAGGCUGUGCAAUACAGAAAUGGAACACAACUCCGAACAAUCUGUAAAGAUGAUUCCUACGACUUCAAUCUGCAGGAGACCCGAGAUUUACCUGCUCGAGUGGAGAUCAAGCCGGGAGAUGAACUGCUGGUAGAAUGUCACUACCAGACCCUGGACCGUGACUCCAUGACUUUCGGAGGUCCCAGCACUAUCAAUGAGAUGUGCCUCAUCUUCCUCUUCUACUAUCCCCGGAAUAACAUCUCCAGCUGCCAGGGGUACCCUGACAUCAUCUCUGUGGCCCAUGAGCUGGGGGAAGAGGUGUCAGAUCCCAUGGAGGGUAUGAUGGCUAUGAACAACGUGGAGUGGACCCCAGAGAAUAUUCAGAAGGCUGAGAAGGCCUGCAAGGAGGCCCAGCAGACAGUGUUAAUCAAGACCAUUGAUGAGGUUGUGGAAAACACAACAGGCUGGAUUCCAGACAUCACUCCCACUCCUCGGGGGCCCUGCUUGGAGUCCUCUGGAGGCAAAGUGGAGCCCCAGGACAAGAACCCCGCGGGCUUCAGAGCAGCACCAAUGGCCUUGUCCAGCUCCAGUGCUACCACCCUGAGGUGCCUUCCCCUAACCGCCCUCUUGUUUGUGCAGGGUGCCCUCUCACGGCUCCUUGGCACACUGCAGACCGGGGUCUGA